AUGGUAGCUCGAACUCAUCAACAUCUAAACCCUCAUCGAGAUAAAUUCAAAUAUUUAUUCUUCACAUCAAUCAGAAUGGGAAGAUGGGAAAUUGAAUCACAAAAAUCAGGAAUCACGGAUACAAUGAGAAUUAAUAUAUUAAGCACAAUCAACACUUCAAUUGACACACGUGGAUCAUCAAAUAUGUUUGAAAUCGCUCAAGAUGUUCAAAAAUGGCUCGAAUCCACUUAUGGAAAAGGUUGGACAGUUGUCAUUUAUGAAAUCGGACAUGGUCGAGCUGCUUUAAAUUAUUUUGACAGCAAGUUUUUGCGGAUCAAAGAAACCAACUUGGGUUGGUAUAUAACGCUUUUUCAACAAAUGCCAUAA